AGUCCUCCCGUGCCCGCGGCGUGGGUGGCACAGGGAGUUCCCGGCCCCCGGACGCCUUGGUCCCACGGUUCCACGUUCGGCAUCGCGGGGACGGAUUCGCAGCAGGACCCCCCCCCCCCCAGUUUGUGCCAUGGUAGACGAGGGUGACAGGGGACGAUGUGGCCCCACCAGGCUGGCGCAGGCACAGUACCGCCGGGACCUGGAGGAGGAGCUCCGUGACCUCAGCAGCCAGGUGGCGGCGCUGGGGCGGAGCCUGGCGGAGGAGCGGGGGCGGAGCCUGGCAGCAGGCGGGGCCCUGCGGGCGCUGGAGAUAGCGGUGGGCGGAGCCCAGGCCCGGGUGGGCGGAGCCUGUCGGGCACGAGACCGGGCCUGUGAGCGCCUGCGCCAGCAGCAGGCGGGGCAUCUGUUGUGGGCAGAGCUGGAGGCAGCACGUGCCGCCCGGGCAGGGGCGGAGCUCCGGGCACAGGAGGCGGAGUCACAGCGUCGUGCCAGGGAGGCGGAGCUGGAGCAGCUGCGGCAGGCAGUGGCGGCGGCCCAGCAUGCCCGGCGGCGGGCGGAGCAGGAGCGCGAUGACAUGGCUGCCCACGUGCCCCACCCACCCAGCCCCACGCGGGGCCGAGACCCCGGGGGGCUGCAGACGGCGCUGGCGGAACUGCGGGAGCACAACCGGGCGCUGCAGCAACGCCUGCACCAGCGACAAGGCCAGGCGGAGGAACUGCGGCGGGCGCUGGCGGCGGCGGGGGCACGGGCGCGGGAAGCGGCGGGGGCUCGGGCCCGGCUGGAGCAGGAGCAGCGGGUGCUGCGGGGGCGGCUGCAGCACCCCGGGGUGCUCCCGGGACCCGCCGAGGCCGCCCUGCGCGCCCGCUGCCUCCACCUCCAGGAGCUCCUGCACCGCGAGGCCGGGGCGCGGGCAGCGCUGACCCGGGCGGCGCGGGCAGCGGGGCGACGCCUGCGGGUGCUGCUGGCGGAGGUGGAAGAGGAGCGGCUGCGGGGGGAGCGCUACCGCCUGCAGACGCAGGCCAGCGAGGCGUCGGGGCGGGCGCUGGGGGAGCGGGUGGCCGCGGUGGCCGCCGGCGCGGCCCGUGAGCGGGCCCAGGGCCACCGCCUGCGCCGGGCGCUCGAGGACGUCGGGGACGGGGCCGCGGACGCCGCGCGCCGCGUGGCCGCCCUGCGGGCUCGCCUCAGGUGCGACCCGCUGACGCUGUCCCGCACGGUGCGCCGCAUGCUGCGAGAGGAGGACGAGGAGAGCGAGGAGAGCGAGGACAGCGAGGACAGCGGGUCCCCGCCCUGGACCCUCGGGGAGCUCCUCGAAACCGCCCCCGCCUCAUGGGGGGGCCUCGAAACUGCCCCCAAGGAGCCCCACCAAAAGGCUGCUGGCCCCGGGGAUGGCCUCGAAACCGGCCCCAGUGCUGGGGGGGACCCUUGAAACCACCCUCAGUCUGGGGGGGGGGGGGGAACCCUUGAA